AUGGCGCCGGCCCCCGCGCUCCUUGCUUCGCGACCGCACUGCCCCGCCGCGGCCCGCCUGGCGCCGCGGCGGGCCGCGCGGUCCGUGCGCGCCGCGGCCGCCUCGACCACGCCGCUGCCGUUCCGCGUCGGGCACGGCUGGGACCUGCACCGCCUCGAGGAGGGCUACAAGCUCAUUAUUGGCGGCGUGGACAUCCCCCACGUUGUCGGGUGCGUGGCGCACAGCGACGGCGACGUGCUGCUGCACACCGUGACGGACGCGAUCCUCGGCGCGCUCUCGAAGCCCGACAUCGGACAGCUCUUCCCGGACAACGACCCCAAGUGGAAGGGCCAGACCUCAGAUGUGUUUGUAAAGGAGGCGGUGCGCCUGAUGCGGGAGGAGGGGUACAAGAUCGGGAACAUCGACUGCACGAUCAUCGCGCAGAAGCCGAAGCUCUCGCCGCACAAGGAGCAGAUUCGGAAGAACCUGAUGGACCUGUUGGACCUGGAUGAGUCCUGCGUCAACAUCAAGGCGAAGACCCACGAAAAGGUCGACUCCCUGGGCGAGAACCGCUCGAUCGCCGCCGAGGCCGUCGUGCUGCUCCUCCGCGCGGACCAGUGA